AUGUCAACCCAAAGCGAGCCAGCAACGAGCUCCAAUGGCGUCCGGGUGGUGGGCGACGAGGAGAAGGGCCUCCACAGAACGCAAACUGGGGUGACAAUGUCCCCAGAGCUCUUCGAGAAACUCUACCUCACACCAAAAGUUCCCCAUGUUGGGGACAACAACAGACGCUUUGCGAAUCCUACGGCAUUGGGGUUUGUCGGCUUCGUGAUCUCAACCUUCACCUUUUCAAUCGUCUGUAUGGGAUGGGGUGGAGCCUCAGGAUUCUCUCCUGUCGUGGGGAUCUUCUUCUUCGUCGGCCCCGUCCUCCUCCUCUUCGCAAUGGUCUUCGAGUGGAUAAUGGGGAACUUCUUUCCCAUGAUGGUCAUGGGCCUGUUCGCCGUGUUCUGGCUGAGUUUCGGAAUGCUCCAGCUCCCAACUUUGCAACUGGCUGCUCCAUAUGCCACCGAUGCUGAUCCGACAGGACUUGCCUCACGCGAAUACAACACCGUCAUUGCGCUGUAUUUGAUUGUCUGGGGGUUCGCCCUAUUCACCUUCUUCAUCUUCACCUGCAAGAUCAACGCUGUCUUUGCCACUAUUUUCUUGCUGGUCAGCCUUGGAGCCUGGGUGUUGAGUGGUGCAUACUUUCGAGCAAGUGCCGGGGACUUUGAUGGUGCUGGGAAACUGCAAAAGGUGAGAGACUUCCACCGAAUGAAGACGUCGAGGCUAACACAUCUGGUAAUCACAGGCGGGUGGUGCAUUAUUGUUCAUAGUGGCAUUGCUAGGAUGGUACAUGUGUUUCAUCAUCAUGGCGGGAGAAAUGCGCAUCACGCUGAGUCUUCCAGUUGGCGAUUUAAGCCAUCUCUGGCCUAA